AUGGCAACCACCCUUGCCACCGACGUCCGCCUCUCCAUCGCGCACCAGACCCGCUUCGCCCUCCGUCUCGCCUCCACCAUCUCAUCCAACCCUAAGUCUGCUGCCAGCAAUGCCGUCUUCUCCCCGGUCUCCCUCCAUGUCGCGCUUAGCCUCCUCGCCGCUGGCGCGGGCAGUGCCACUCGGGACCAACUCGUCACCACACUCGGGACAGGCGAGGUCGAAGGACUCCACGCGCUCGCCGAGCAGGUGGUGCAGUUCGUGCUCGCCGACGCGUCCUCCGCUGGAGGUCCGCAUGUCGCCUUCGCCAACGGUGUCUUCGUGGACGCGUCGCUGCUCCUCAAGCCAUCCUUCCAAGAGCUUGCAGUGUGCAAGUACAAGGCUGAGACCCAAUCCGUGGACUUCCAAACUAAGGUGACCACCCCCCACCCGUGGAAUUUUCUGUUUGUUUGUUCAAAGGCCGCUGAAGUUGCUACUCAAGUGAACUCAUGGGUAGAGAAAGUCACAAGCGGUCGCAUCAAGGACAUUCUCCCAUCAGGAUCUGUUGACAAUACCACUAAACUUGUUCUUGCCAAUGCCCUUUAUUUCAAAGGGGCUUGGACAGAUCAGUUUGAUUCAUCUGGAACAAAAAACGACUACUUCUACCUUCCUGAUGGGAGCUCAGUUCAAACACCAUUCAUGUCCAGCAUGGAUGACCAAUACCUUUCGUCUUCUGAUGGGUUGAAGGUACUUAAGCUUCCCUACAAGCAAGGUGGGGACAAGAGGCAGUUCUCCAUGUAUAUCCUUCUUCCAGAAGCACCAGGUGGUCUCUCAAACUUGGCCGAAAAAUUGAGUGCUGAACCAGACUUCCUGGAGCGGCAUAUCCCAAGGCAGAGGGUUGCACUUAGGCAAUUCAAGCUCCCCAAGUUCAAGAUAUCAUUUGAAACGGAAGCAUCUGAUUUGCUCAAAUGUUUGGGCCUCCAGCUUCCAUUCAGCAAUGAAGCAGAUUUUUCCGAGAUGGUGGAUUCCCCAAUGGCACACGGUCUUCGUGUCUCAUCUGUUUUCCACCAAGCGUUUGUGGAAGUGAACGAACAAGGAACUGAGGCCGCGGCAUCAACUGCCAUUAAAAUGGCCCUGCUACAGGCAAGGCCGCCCUCGGUCAUGGAUUUCAUCGCGGAUCACCCUUUCCUCUUCCUUCUCCGGGAAGACAUCUCUGGUGUGGUCCUAUUCAUGGGUCAUGUGGUCAAUCCCCUCUUAUCUUCGUAA